CUUUCAGGCACGUUUUACGAACGAAAAUUCUUACUUCAGUUCCUAAAAUGGUAGUCGACGUAAGCUCAUUUUUGACGGCCGAAACCGAUUUUGGACUCGACAUGCUUCGUCAGAAAUCGCCCGAUGAGUGUAUUGUGGUGUCCCCAUUGUCUGUGAUAUUUGCAUUGAAUCUGUUGCAACCAGGAGCUAAAGGAAUUACCAAGAGUCAGAUAACUGACGCAAUAUCUAAAGGAUCGUCUGACGACGAAACGCUUGAGUAUUACUCCGAGCUUAUGCGCCAGAUUUUGGACUCAACGAGCAAUGCGCAAAUUAGGAUCGCUAAUGGAUUCUUUUUCAGGAAUGGUCUUGAUAUAAACGACGAUUAUGCUCACAAAAUCACGGGAAAGUUGUGCUCAAGACUCGAAGCUCAUGACUUUAGCCAAGCAGAUGAGACGGCCAAGGUCAUCAACAACUUCGUCGAUAGCAGCACGGCAGGAAAGAUCAAAGAAAUCAUCAGCGCUGAUACUGUAAAAGAUGCAAUCUCCGUAAUUGUCAAUGCCAUCUACUUCAAAGCAGAUUGGGAUGUGAAGUUCAAAAGUAGCAACAGUAGUAAAGGCGAGUUCUAUAGCGCACCGGACAAGGAGAAAGAGGUGGAAUACAUGAGAUGUUCGAACACGCAUAGACUUUAUGCAGAAGACGAUGAUACACAAGUGCUGUCGUUGCUUUAUGAAGACAAUACAUACGCUUUCAACAUAUUCUUGCCGAAAAACAGGUAUGGACUUGGAGAUCUUCUUAAAACUUGGACUGGUGAAAAAAUACAGCGUUCUUUGUCAACACUAAAAGAAACUUUCAUCACGAUUGUCAUACCAAAGAUGAAGUUUGAAACUGAUUUCGAACUCAAAAAGGCGUUGAUCAACAUGGGCAUCAAGGAUAUGUUUACCAAAGCUGCUGAUCUAAGCGGCAUCUCAAGUGCACCUCUGAUGGUUUCAAGCGCAACACACAAAGCGCUC